UCACUGAAAGACUCACAGCAGUAAAAUGCCUGAAGCUGAAGUUCUGUACUCUGAUGUGAAAUUUACCAGAGGAAACCGGGGAGUCAGCGUAGAAGCCGUUUCCUCAUCGCCCGACAUCAUUUACUCUGAAGUCAAGCUUUCAAAGACUCAGCCGGCCACAGCAGAGCCGCCCGAGGGGUCCCAACAAGUCAAGUCACUGAGCAGAAGGUCAAAGGUCACCUGGGAGAGAGUGGGCCUGCUGGUCCUCGGUGCUCUCCUGGCUGCUGCUGUUGCUGCUCUUGGUGUUACCGUGUCUGAAAACCUGAGGAACAAAGAAGAGCUCAAGAAACAAGAAGAGCUCAGAAAUGAACCCUGUGAUAGAUGUGAAGCAGGCUGGGAGCAUCAUGGAGGAAAGUGCUAUCAUUUCUCCAUCAGUAAAUCCUCCUGGAACCAGAGCAGAGCUGAAUGUAGAGCUGAAGGAGGAGACCUGGUUAAGAUAGACAGCAGGGAGGAGCAGAGGUUCCUGGAUGGAAGAGUGAGAAACUUAAUGAAUGAAGCUGAGGACAAGUUCUGGAUCGGACUGACAGACUCAGCAGCAGAGGGCAGAUGGAUGUGGGUGGACAACACACCACUGAAUGAAAGUUUUUGGCUCAGUGGGGAGCCGGAUAAUUGGAGAGGGAAAAAUCCUGAAGGAGAGAACUGUGUGAGGAUGACGGAAAAAACUAGCAAUCCUGACCUGAAGAGCUGGAAUGAUGCAUCCUGCUCAGAUCCUCACAGAAGUAUUUGUGAGAAAGCAGAAGUAACAGAACAGAUUAAAUAUGUAUGUACCUGAGAUUCAGUUCAGUGUUAAAGAACACAGUGGACUGAAAGUAACGUCAC